GUUAUUUUCGAUGGUCUCGAAAAAUUCCACCUCUCGCUUCACUCCGUAAAAAAAAAAAUCGGACAAGAUUACUUCCAUCGUCUCGUAAAAUCCAAUAGCCCUUUCGGUUGAAUUAUCUUUAUUUUUUUGCUUUUCCUUUUUUUUUGUGACUGGCUAGUGGCAACUCCGAAAUUCUGUGGGAUUUCGCGCGAUAGAUUCUGGUGAAAGGAAGGGAAGAUUAUUGUGCCCUGAGACAUGGCGUUGAAUCCGGCGUACGAGGACAUUGGAAAGGGAUUUGUUCAGCAAUAUUAUGCAUUAUUCGAUGAUCCCACUCAGAGGUGCAACCUCGUCAACAUGUACAAUACCGAAUCGUCAUUCAUGACGUUUGAGGGGAUCCAGAUUCAGGGAUCCGACAAGAUUAUGCAGAAACUGAAUAGCUUAGGUUUUCAAAAAAUCACUCGGGUACUGACUGCCGUGGAUUCACAACCGAUGUUCGACGGCGGAGUCCUGAUCCACGUCCUCGGGAGGCUGCAGGCUGAUGAAGAUCCUCCGCACGCAUUCUCGCAAAUAUUCGUGUUGAAAUCACUGGGGAGUGCGUUCUUCUGCCAGCAUGACAUAUUCCGUCUCGCUAUUCACGACACAGCGUAAUUAAAAUCGGCAGCAGACGAGACGUCACAGGACUAGAAAAUCACCUCGGAACGAGGGGAAAAUAAUCCCGAGGUGCCAUCAAAUGGCCCUCCAGAGCAAUUAAUACCGUACGAUCCCAAUCCCUCGAGAGAAAAUUUCAUGAAUUAUUCAGUCAACAUUGUACACCUGUCGUCUUUGCGUAUUAUUUUAUCUAGAUUAAAUUUUUAUACAGGAAAGUAAUGCUUCUAUGCCGUAAGAAUAAAACAUUUAAUGAUUAAUUA